AUGAAGGUCCCCACAGCUGCCCUUGCUGUCCUUCUCUGCACCAUGGCUCUCUGUGACCAAGUCUUCUCAGCUCCAUAUGGUGCUGACACCCCAACCUCCUGCUGCUUCACGUAUAGCUGGCAGAUUAACCGCAGAUUCAUUGUUGACUAUUUUGAGACCAGCAGCCUUUGCUCUCAGCCAGGCGUCGUUUUCCUAACUAAGAGAAACCGGCAGGUCUGCGCUGACCCCAAAGAAACCUGGGUGCAAGAAUACAUGGCUGACCUGGAGCUGAAUGCCUGAAAGGCUUGGAAGCAAUGAGGAACCAUGAAACAUUCUUGGGCCCUGUGUGGAGCAGGGUCCUGAGUUUCAGAAUAUCUCAGCCACCUCCACAGCUCCAUCUCCUGUAAACUGUUUGCCGCCAAUUAGCCACACUCAGGGACUAUCAACUUGAAUUCUAAUUUAAUUUAAUAUUAUUUAAUUUUGUAAUUUAUUUUAUUGUCAUACUUGUGUUUGUGACUCUUAGUUCUGAACGAUCUCGGGGAACUUUCCAACACCCAUUUCCCCCUUCCCUUGCUCACACUGUGUUUGGUGACAGUGGGAGUGGCUGUCACCAGCCUGUUCUAGGUAGAUACAGUGACAAGGUCACAUACUGACAAAGAAACAAUGGAUGCUUUGU